AUGCGCCGCCAUUCCGCGAAGGCGAAGCUACUGAAGCGUUUGGCUGGCUGGUUGGGUGUUGUUGCGUUCGUGCCCCUAUUGCGGUGGCACGCUCGAAGUUUUGUAAGCUCCAACACCUGCCAGCAUCCACCAUCACAUUUGGCUUGCAAUGCAUUUUUCCAGGGGGAUGGAUUUCGUCCAGGUGAAACAAUACCUUUCACUCAGAGCAGCACGAACGAUGAAGCAAAAGGCCGACGGAAAGGAGGUGUAGACGAAAUUGAUGAGGAUUCGGACAUUUUCAAUACAGGCGAGUUCAACCCUUACGAAAUCCUAGAUGUUUCCCCCUUUGACGACAUCGGAGCGGAUGAGCUGCGUGCUGCCUUCAGGAAGCAAGCCAAAAUCUAUCAUCCUGAUGUCCCUGGAACUGGGAGCGCAGAAAAAUUCCAGCUAAUCAAGCGUGCAGUUGAGGAGCUUGCAUCGCUUGGAAUGGUUGGGGAGUGGAAGUCGAAAGUUGCAGAGCCCAUCAAUCGAAAAGAGAGAGGCCAAACCAUGUCCGAGGAUUAUUGGGAAUUGCGUGGUCGUGACUUCUUCGCUGAAUUGGAGACGGAGUUGACAGAUGAACUCAAAAUGAGGUUCAAUGAGUCCGACAAAGAUUUGUCAGAUGAUCAGCUCCGGGGACGCUAUCAGAAGGAGAAUGAGUACUGGGAAGAGUUGCGUGCACGUCAAGCAGACCAGGAUGUCCUUGACAGGGUGGAGGAUUGGAUCGAAAAGAAGCGUGAGCAGCGCCGGCUUGCCGUGAGACAACGGCUCAGAGGCGGAUCUCCGCCCAAAGAACUCGGCAUUCCAUCAGAGCCUGCUUCGGCGAAGACUUUACAGAUUGUGGAGCAUCGCAUAGCUCAAUGGAUAGGUCUUCCUGAAAGCAUGCUGACUGACAUGACACUGGAUGAGAUAGGUUUUUUUGACCCUUCAAGUUGGGAUGAUGUUUCCAUCUGUUUAAUGUUGUUGGAAGAAGACUUCGAUGCCGACCUGGUAAAUGUAAUGGAAAAGAAAGGUCAAGGUGCAAAGAUACAGUUGCCCGACUGGGUUAAAACGAUUGCAGACUUUGCUGAUUUCGUGGAGCUGAAGCUGUAG